GGCUCUGCUCUCGGUGGUGGCCUGAGGAAGCUGGGGAGCCGCAGUUUGGCCCAGCGGUGGAUGCUGAGGGUCGCGGUCGCCAGAGCCGCCUCCGCCACCAGGGAGCUCCCAGGCCGCCUCGCCUUCGCCUCCACGGAGCCUCGCCGCUGGGCCGCCUCGCCCCCCUCCUCCUCCUCCGCAGUAGUUCCGGCGGCAGCCAUGCCCGGCAGAGCCAAGGCCGCGGCCGUCUGCGGGGCAGAGCUGCCCGAGGAGCUGGAGGACAGCCGCGGCGGGGCCAAGGCCGGAGCACUCCAGGAAGAGGCCGAGGCCGAAAGGGGAGCCGCCGCCGCCGCCUCAGCCGAGCCCAGCGCAGGGGACCCCGAGAUCGUCAAGUCCCCCAGCGACCCCAAGCAGUACCGGUACAUCCAACUCCCAAAUGGCUUAUGUGCAUUGUUGAUUUCGGACUUGAAUAACCCAGAUGGUAGCCCUUGUGCAAUGUCUCCAGAGGGAGAGGAUGACUCUGAAGAUAACACUGAUGACGAUGAUGAUUCUGGAGCAGAAAUUGAGGAUGACCAAGAAGGAUAUGAUGAUGACUAUGAUGACUAUGAUGAAGAUCUUGAUGAUCCUGACAGUGAAUUGGAAGAGCUAGCAGAUAAAGAGGGGACAAGAAAGAGGAAUUGCACAGAAAAACAGUCUGCAGCUGCACUUUGUGUUGGUGUCGGCAGCUUCUCAGAUCCUGAAGAUCUUCCUGGGUUGGCACAUUUUCUGGAACAUAUGGUUUUUAUGGGCAGUUCAAAAUACCCAGAUGAGAAUGGAUUUGAUGCUUUUCUGAAGAAACAUGGGGGUAGUGACAAUGCUUCAACGGACUGCGAACGGACAGUUUUCCAGUUUGACGUACAGAGGAAACAUUUCAAGAAGGCACUUGAUAGAUGGGCACAGUUUUUCAUUCAUCCUUUAAUGAUUCGGGAUGCAAUUGAUCGAGAAGUUGAGGCUGUGGAUAGUGAAUAUCAACUUGCAAGGCCUUCUGAUGCAAAUCGAAGAGAGAUGUUUUUUGGAAGUCUUGCCAAGUCUGGACAUCCUAUGAAGAAGUUUUUUUGGGGUAAUGCAGACACUCUGAAACAUGAGCCGAAGCGAAAUAAGAUUGAUACCUACACAAGGCUGAGAGAGUUCUGGCAGCGUUACUAUUCAGCGCAUUAUAUGACUUUAGCUGUGCAGUCUAAAGAAACAUUGGAUACUCUCGAAGAAUGGGUGAGAGAAAUCUUCUCAGAGAUCCCAAAUAAUAAUUUACCUAGACCAGUAUUUAGCCAUCUCACCGAACCUUUUGAAACACCUGAUUUUCACAAGUUGUACAAAGUUGUUCCGAUCAGAAAAACCCAUUCUUUAAACAUUACUUGGGCUCUUCCACCACAAGAACAGCAUUACAGGGUGAAGCCACUUCAUUAUAUUUCUUGGCUUGUUGGACAUGAAGGCAAAGGCAGUGUUCUUUCAUUUCUUAGAAAAAAAUUCUGGGCACUUGCAUUAUAUGGUGGAAAUGGUGAAACAGGAUUUGAGCAGAAUUCCACAUACUCCGUCUUCAGUAUUUGUGUGACCCUGACAGAUGAAGGUUACAAGCAUUUCUAUGAGGUUGCUCACGUAGUAUUCCAGUAUUUAAAAAUGUUGCAGCAAACAGGACCUGACCAAAGAAUAUGGGAAGAGAUCCAGAAGAUUGAAGCCAAUGAAUUUCAUUACCAGGAGCAGACUGAUCCAGUUGAAUAUGUAGAAGAUCUGUGUGAAAACAUGCAGCUGUUUCCAAAGGAAGACAUCUUGACAGGAGACCAGCUUCUUUUUGAAUACAAGCCAGAGAUAAUUUCUGAAGCUCUUCACCAGCUGACUCCCCAGAGAGCCAACCUUAUUCUGUUAUCCGCUUCCCAUGAAGGCCAGUGUCAUCUGAAGGAGAAGUGGUUUGGUACACAGUACAGUGUUGAAGAUAUUGAUCAGUACUGGAGUGAUAUGUGGGCUAGUGACUUUCUGUUAAAUUCAGACUUACACCUCCCCGAAGAAAACAGAUAUAUUGCAACUGACUUUUCUCUGAAGGCCCCUGACUGUGCCCAGACAGAAUAUCCAGUCAGUAUUGCAAACAAUGAGCAAGGUUGUUUAUGGUACAAGAAGGAUGAUAAAUUCAAAAUCCCUAAAGCUUAUAUCCGUUUCCAUCUAAUCUCACCGUUGAUCCAGCAGUCUGCUGAGAAUGUGGUACUUUUUGAUACAUUUGUGAACAUCCUUGCGCACAAUCUGGCUGAACCUGCCUAUGAAGCAGAUGUUGCUCAGCUGGAGUACAAGCUGGUAGCUGGAGAGCAUGGGUUAAUCAUUCGUGUCAAAGGAUUCAACCACAAGCUGCCUCUGCUGUUUCAACUCCUCAUCGACCAUUUAGCUGACUUCAGUUUUACUCCUGAAGUUUUUGAGAUGAUAACUGAGCAGCUGAAAAAGACUUACUUCAACAUCCUCAUCAAGCCAGAGACAUUGGCCAAAGAUAUCCGUCUCUUAAUACUAGAACAUGGCAGAUGGUCUAUGAUUGAAAAAUAUGAGACACUUAUGAAGGGCCUCUCCAUAGAUUCCCUACUGUUGUUUGUGAAGGCUUUCAAAUCUCAGUUCUUUGCAGAGGGCCUUGUCCAAGGAAACUUCACAAGUCGUGAAUCAAAAGAAUUUCUGGAUUAUGUUGUAGAAAAACUGCAGUUCCUUCCGUUACUGCAUCCAUGUGCAGUACAGUUCCGUGUGAUGGACUUGCCAAGUGGCCAUCUGCUGUGCAAAGUGAAAACGCUCAACAAAGGAGAUGCAAACUCUGAAGUGACAGUCUAUUACCAGUCAGGAGCUAGGAGUUUAAGAGAAUAUUCUCUCAUGGAAUUGCUUGUGAUGUACAUGGAGGAACCUUGUUUUGAUUUCUUGCGAACCAAGCAAACCCUUGGGUAUCAUGUGUACCCAACUUGCAGGAAUACAUCUGGGAUCCUUGGCUUCUCUGUUACUGUAGCAACACAAGCAACCAAAUAUAAUUCUGAACUUGUAGAUAGAAAGAUAGAAGAGUUUCUUUCAUGUUUUGAGGAAAAAAUGAAGACUAUGACUGCAGAGGCCUUCAGUACACAAGUCACAGCUCUCAUUAAAUUAAAAGAAUGUGAAGAUUCCCAUCUUGGUGAAGAGGUGGAUAGGAAUUGGACAGAAGUGGUGACUCAACAAUAUCUAUUUGACAGACUAGUCCGAGAGAUUGAUGCUCUAAAAUCCCUUUCCCAAUCAGAAUUAGUUGACUGGUUUCACGCACACAGAGGCAAAGAGAGUAAAGUGCUUAGUGUACAUGUGGUUGGAUUCGGAAUACAUGAAGGUGAUCUGGAAACAUCUCUUUCAAAUAUGCACAAUCCCUCAUGCAACGAAAUACCUCAGCUAGUGUUCUUGGACGCUACUUCUUUGACUGAUACAACUUGCAUCAAGGACAUCAAAGUGUAUACAUCAUCUCUGAAUGUUCUCCCAUACCAUAAGAUAUUAAAAUAACUCUUCUCGGACUGCCAUAAUGUGUAGUACAACUUAACUACUAAAUACUGGGGAGGUCUGGUUAAUUAUAAAGAAUCCAACCUACUUAAGCUUUCUGGAAAAUAUGUAAUUGAAUACCCUCCAUGCUCAACUCUGCUAUAAGCAUGUGUUUUCAGAGGCAAGGUCUAUAUAAAGAGGUAUAGUCUUCAUAAAAUGUAUGCAAUAUAGAAGGCAGGGAAAGUGUGAGCAAACUGAAAACUUGUGAAAUGUAGUGUGUCUUUCUGCUUGGAGUACUCUUUCACCUAGAGAACUGGGGUGGGAAGAGAGGAGGCUAACUGACAAGGAUGCAACUAGAUUUUAGAGUCCUAAACUCACUGUGUCUUAUUUUAGGGGACAAAAGGAAUAAUAAGCUUCUGUCCAGAGUGUGCUAUUAGACUACACUGCAUCAAUAUUAUGCUUCUGUACAGCAAUUCAGAGCAAGAACACAGCUAGCCUAAUGGAAAAACACAUCUGAUAGUACAACGAAGGAUCACAUGAAUGAGGUAGUUCAGGAUGAAUGCUCUGCGAUACUACUAUGUGCAAUAAAUUACUGAGAUACUAAGGGUUUUGCGUAGAUUGUUCUAAUAUAACAAAGAUUUCUGAAGGCCAUCUUGAAUUAGCUCUAAUUUUAAAGAUCCAGACCUUGAAGAAACUGGUGGACUGAUAAGCAAAUGAAAUAAAAGAGGGCUGAAAA